AUGUCCCUCCCAACGCACACACCAGUUUGGCGUAUCAAGAAUUCCCCUCAAGACUCUGUAGUUCUUGAUUUUUCUGAUGAUGCAACGUUUGCCUUGACAGAAGAACCUCUGCCUCAUGUUGAGGAUGGUGAAAUGCUCGUGGAAACGUUGUACAUCUCCAAUGACCCUGCACAACGAGGAUGGAUCCAGAAAGGUGUCUUGCCAGAGCGCCUUUACACCGCUCCUGUGCGUGAGGGCGAUGUAAUGGCGACACAUUCCAUCGCUCGUGUUCUCGCAAUCAAGGACAACACCGGCCAUGGAUUUAAGGUAAACGACCUGGUUUACUGUUUGACUGCUGGGUGGCGACGAUACGCUGUGAUCAAAAUAGGCCCAUCCUCAUGCCUACCCGUGAUGGUGCCUGAAAAUGUGUCGCCCACUGCCGCUAUCGGUCUUUUUGGAGUCCCUGGAUUUACUGCGUACUAUGGUCUGCUGGAUAUUUUAAAGCUCAAGGAAGGAGAGUCGCUGAUUGUCAGCGCGGCUGCGGGUGCGGUCGGGAAUGUCGUCGUUCAAUACGCCAAGAAAGUGCUCAAGGCCAAAAAAGUGAUUGCAAUCACGGGAUCAGACAAAAAAUGCCAAUGGAUCAAGGAGCUCGGUGCAGAUGUGGCCCUCAAUUAUAAAUCAGAUACAUUCCCUCAAGAUCUUAUCGACGCCACCUCGGACUUUGUGGAUGCAUACUUUGACAAUGUGGGCGGUUUUGUCCUUGAUCAAGUGAUUCCACGAAUCAAAGCGCAUGGCCGUAUCGCAGCUUGUGGCGCCAUUUCAGGAUACAAUAAGGACUCAGGGAAAUUACCUACGAUGGGUACCACCUGGAUCGAAGUAAUCACCAACCGCUUGUCUAUCAAAGGCUUCGUUGUGCUUGAUUUCAUGUUCCCGAAGGACGGGCCUAACAGAGUGGCCACGGAAGCCUUUCCAGACAUUGCUGGAGCAGUUCAGCGGGGAGAGAUCACGCUUGAAGGCACUGAGGACAUUGUGGAGGUACCCUUCAUUGACGUCCCAAAGGUUUGGGGAAGGCUUUUUACUGGUGGUAAUACUGGGAAGUUGGUGACGAAGCUUACAUUUAGUGCAUGA